AUAAAUAUCAUAAACUGUCGGCUACCCCAUCAUUUGAAAUCCCUGCGCGAAAGCGGAUAGUCGGAGCGUUUCUCGAUCGAAACAGCUGACUUUUCUACUCUUCGUCUACGCGAACGAUUUCAGCUUUUGCAACAGUUUCGCAAGGUGUGUAACCGUAACCAUACCUCUGAUGAUGGCAUUCGCCCUAUCUAUCUUGACUAUUGUGUUAGUCUGUCUGACGUCGUCAGCCUUUGGUCAGACGCAACCUCCACCGGAAGAGGCUGAGGCGUCGGGCUUUUCGGUAGUGCAAGCAACAAGUACAAUGGCUACGAAGAGUCCAACGGCUGCAUCAACGGCUAAGCGUCCGACUGAUAUUGGUGUGACGGUGGGCCUAGAUGCUACGGAUACAGUGCUAUUCAUGUCGUCUACACCAGGAGAGCCAGAAGAACAUUGCAAAUGUGUUGGAGGGAAAGGAGAAGUGGGAGAGCCUGGAAUGGAUGGGUACCCCGGUGCCCCCGGUGCCCCCGGAAGUGAUGGAAGUCCUGGUGCACCAGGUCCCGCAGGUCCACCGGGUGAAAUAGGUGAACAAGGCAUGAAAGGAGAGAGAGGUGAACCAGGAAUGAUGCCAACAAGGCCAACCCAACCAAAACAUUCACGGCACGUAAACUGGAAGCAAUGUGCUGAGACUGGAGGUUCAAGCUUACAAAAUGGAGUAUUACUCAGCUGCCCAUUCAAAAAACAUCGUAAUGAAUCUGCACUACAUGUGGAGUUCGGAGGAACCCUACGAACGAUGCUCAAUACCUUGGCUCAUAAUGUUGUUUGUGCUCGAUGGUACUUUACAUUUGAUGAAGAGGAAUGCCAACCGCCAAUUGAUGGGGUUGUGUUUGAGGGCCAAAGAGGCAAUUCCCAUUAUCCACACCAAAUCGGUGGAUUUUGUCAGAAGACAGUGGCAGACAAAGACAUCACAAAAGGCAUGGUUAACAUCGAGUUUCGCAUUGGGAACUGUCAUCAUUAUAGCCGAAAAGAGGAAGGCAUCACUUACCUUGGCUUGGAUUCUGUUUCACGAGUAAUAAUCACAGAAAUGCCACCACCUCAAGAUAAGCAGUUCGACUGUGCUACUAUCCUUGUUGCAGAUAAGAAAGGCUGGUGCAAGUAUAAAUGCAGUGAAAACUCUACUCUCACGCCCAAGCUGUUUGACCCAUACAUUGGUCCAUUACCAGUUGCAUUCUGGUUAUUUACAUCUCAUAUCAAUGAUUUCGUCAGCAUGUAUACGGGCAUCUCGUCAAAUAUAAAUAUCCUAAACUGUCGCACAGCUGGUCAUUUGCGAUCCUUGCGCGAAAGCAGAGCAUUACAACGUUUCUGGAGCGCGACAACCGACUUAUUGCUUCCGUUACUCUACAAACGAUUUCAGCGUUUGCAACAAUUAAAAGGUGUGCAACUACCAUUGAUGAUGAAAUUCACUCUGUCUAUCUUGGCUAUGGUGCUCGUCUGUCUGACAUCGACAGCCAUUGAGAUGGAACCAACGACAGAAUUAGCAGAAGAAGAACAUUGCAAAUGCGUUGGAGAGAAAGGAGAAAUGGGAGAAAAUGGAACGGAUGGGCAAAAUGGUGCCCCUGGAGACCGUGGAUUUACUGGUCCACCAGGUCCCGCAGGUCUCCCAGGUGUACGAGGUGAAAUGGGUGAACCUGGCAUGAAAGGAGAGAGAGGUGAACCAGGAAUGCAACCAACAAGGCCACCCCCACCACCACAUCCCCGGCACGCAAACUGGAAGCAAUGUACUAUGAUUGAAGGUUCAGACCGCAAAAAUGGAGUUUUACUCAGCUGUCCAUUCAAGAAACGUCGUAAUGAAUCUGCACUACACGUGGAGUUCGGAGGAACUUUACGAACGAUGCUCAAUGGCUUGCCUACAAAUCCACCUGUUGUUUGUUCUCGAUGGUACUUUACAUUUGAUGAAGAAGAAUGCCAACCACCAAUUGAUGGGGUUGUGUUUGAGGGCCAAAGAGGCAAUUCACAUUAUCCACACCAAAUCGGUGGUUUUUGUCAGAAGACGACAGCAGACCAAGACAUCACAAAAGGCAUGGUUAACAUCGAGUUUCGCAUUGGGAAGUGUCAUCAUGAAAGCCGACAAGAGGAAGGCAACCCUUAUCUUGGCUUGGAUUCUGUUUCACGAGUAAUAAUCACAGAAAUGCCACCACCUCAAAAGUAAAGUUGGGUUGUGAACUCCUGUGUGACUGAUGACUUUUGUGCUAGUUAGCUACACACUGCAAAGUGUAGUUGCUACGUACCUAGCUGUAUGUCAUUUGUGCUAUGUAUCUACUUGCAUGUCAUUCUUGUUGUGGCUUUCGUUACAAUAAGCAGUUCGACUAUGCUACUGUCCUUGUUGGAAAUAAGAAAGCCUUGUGCAAGUAUAAAUGCAGUGAAAAUUCAA